GCUCAGCUUCAGCGGGGAGGACGCCACUGGCCUCUGGCGUGGUGGUGGCCGAGGCAUGGCUCGGAGCCUUUUGGCGGCCGCUGGGGCCCUCCUGCUGCUUGGGGGGCUGCUCCUGCUCCUGCUGAUCUCUGCAGGCCAUGCUGGGGGCCGCAUCCUUGCCGGGCAGGAGGUCCCAAGCGCCCUGGUUCCCCAGGCCCUGCAAGCCCAAGGGGCCCUCCCCCUGAGUCGAGCAAAGCGGGCAACACCCUUCUGGCGCAUGGUAGGCAGCAAGCCCCUGGGGGCUCCCUGUUCCCGGGGCCUGGAGUGCAGCACCCACCUCUGCAGGAGUGGGCGCUGUGCAGACCCCCGUGUCCAAUCCUGAAGAGGGUCUCGGGGCAAAGGGCCUCUGGUGGGGCUGGCCUUCCUCCUGUCCCUUCUCUUCUCUCCCAUGGCCUUUGGAGAACAGCCUGGCAACCUGACGCUUCCUCUGCUGGCACCAGGGAACCCCUUCCAGCAGCCCUUCCUGCUGUGGAGCGCUGAGGAACUCAGCUUGAUGCCGGCUCCUCUCACAAACCGGAGGAAAUGGGCAGGAGAGAGAGCAGUGGGCCCCCCUGGGCUGCUUCCUCUGGCCCUUGCCGCACCCUCCAGCUGCCCUGCCGCCUGCUGGGAACCUGCACGGCCACCCAGUUCAAUGCUGGCCCCUCUGGGCAGUCUCCCCCUCCUCCCCUGGCUGCGGCAGGGGAUCAGCACCCAGGGCCUGUGGCCGCCUCUCUGCUGGCUCUCCAGGGGUGACCCCUGCCGCGUGACCAGGCACUCUGUGGAAACAGCCCUCCUGAACGCCCCAUCAUCCCAAAGCGGCUGCUUCCUCUCCACCCUUCCUCUCAGAUGGGACACAGUCAUUCCCUGCGGCCGGGUGCAGCACGGUGGCGAUGGCGGUGGUGGUGAUGGGCUUGUCCUUCUCUGGGUCGGACAUGUUCCUGUUUGCUGGGGCUGCAGCCUGCGACUCAGAUACGUCCAGGGCCAUGACUCCUGUGGGGGAAUGCUCUCCAAGGGAGCUGGGGAGCCCCAGGAGGGAAAUAGGGAGGGAGGGAGGGAGGGAGAUGUUCCCCAGGAAAGACCAAGCCCAGCAUGGCAGGGACUCUUUCCCACCCCCCCACUCCCGGACCGGCUCUGUGGCUGGUCAGAGUCCAUCAUCAGUUCCCAGUAAAGCAAACAGGGCUGCUUCCCAGGACCAGCUGGCACGGGUCCCAUCAGGCCAAUGCUUCACCCCUCACCGUCUCCUGCUGGAAGAGCCCUUCUGAACAAGGAGAUAACACAGGCACACACAAGCGGGGAGCGCAGGGGUGGUGGUGAAGGGAGAGAGCAGCAGGAGGCUUGGCCGGCACCUGCUCACUCGCUGACUCUCAGCUGGACCAAAGAAGGAGAGCCAAGAGGUGUCCACAAAGGCAGAGGCGGAAGGGAGCAGACUCUGUCACCUGCUGGAGGAAUGCCAGGGCCACGGGAAACACUGGGGGGCGGGGGGCACAAGGCAUCCCACAGCCAGCCAUUGUGUACAGGGAAUGCUGGGCAGAAGCCAAGCAGCCCAAGACAGUUGAGGAAUCUUUGUGUGUUUCAAAUGUGGUGCUCUAAUUAAAAGCAA